AACAUUUUCAAUCUCAGGAGCUUCACAUAGCGUUUUAAGAGAUUCUCAGAGCAAACGCACAGAUUCUCCUCCCAACUGCACAGAUUCUCGGACACAGAGAAAUGGCAAAGAGCACAGACUCUCCUCCCAACUGCAAGAAAUACGGAGUUCCUAUCUACGGAACUUCGUGGGUCCCACCGAACGCACUCAGAUCUGCCCCCAACCCUACAACCGCCAACGGCGAUGAUGAACCCUCCGUCGAGCCAUCCCCGCCGUCGAUCGCCCCUCAAAACUACCUCGUCUUUGCCGGAGGCGGUGGCGAAGGCCGUAGCGGCAUCCCCAACGCUCUCCUCCUCUCCCACUUUGAUUCCGCCUCUAAUUCCCUCUCCGAUCACCCUGUAGCAAAGCUUGGAACUGGUCCUGAUUUGCCUUACAGAAUGGCUGUCCAUCCUGGAGGAGACUGUAUUAUUUGUUCUUUUCCUAAAAGUUGCAGACUGUUUGAAUGGGAUGGAGUAAAGAGCACUGAAGUUCACAAACUGGGACUGAAACUGUCUGACAAAGACCUGAACCAACUGGAAGAUGUUGGACAACAGUUAGCAUUGACUUUUAAUAAUGAGGGCUCUGUACUUGCUCUUGGAGGCGAGGAUGGAAAGUUGAGGGUUUUCAAGUGGCCUAGCAUGGAAAUUAUUCUUGACGAAGCCAAUGCUCAUACCUCUGUGAAGGACUUAGAUUUCAGCCCUGAUGGGAAGUUUCUUGUCUCAGUUGGAGGUGGUGGUCCUGGUAGGAUUUGGGAUGUAACAGCAUUGACACCUGUAGCUUCUUUAUCAAAGGAAAAUGAUGAGCAUUUUGGUUUCUGCAGAUUCUCACAAAAUAGUGACAACAAACAGGUUCUAUAUAUCACUGCUAUGCGAGGUCAAGGUGGAAAUAUUGUGAAAUGGGACACUUCCUCAUGGAGGAGGGUGAGCUCAAAGCACAUUAUUCGAGACCCAAUUUCUGCUUUCAAUGUUUCAGCUGAUGGAAAGCUCCUUGCAAUAGGAACAAUUCAAGGGGACAUUUUAAUUGUAAAUUCUGCCAGUAUGCGCGUGCAGAACAUGGUUAGAAAAGCACACCUUGGCCUUGUAACUGCGUUGAUGUUCUCCCAAGAUUCAAGGGCUUUGGUCUCUGCGUCCAUGGAUUCAAGUGCAAGGGUAACUCUAAUCAAGGACAAGAAGAAAAGUGGAUUGAGCUUGUGGGUCAUUAUAUUAAUCAUUUUGCUUGCGAUAUCUGUAUAUUAUAUGAAGACUGAAGGUAUUCUUCCUUAGAUACAUCUGUUUUACCCUAUAUAUAUAUGAAAAAUUACCUUUGCCAUGGUGAACAAGUUGACUUUACCAAGGAGAGGUCGGACCUAUGACUAUUAUUAUUCUAAUAUGAAUCGACAGACUUGGAAGCCUGGUUUCUUAGGCAAAGCAUUGAGGAUUGCCUUGUUAGGUCAAAAAUGUUUAGAUCCCUAAAAACAUCAUUUUACUUAAUGAUAUGACAUGGUACGUUUCAAUUUUUGAUUUGUUACAAAUUUAAUCGUAUAUGGUUCAACUCUACAUUGUAAGUGAAUUGUAAAUUUUAAUUUGUCAAUUUCUAACAAUUCUACUUAUAAUGAAUAUUGUGGCUAGCGGUGAAACCAUCAUUGUAGCGUGCAAUUUUUUUAUUUUU